CAGUCCAGAGACAUACUCAGUUGGAACAGUUGAUCAAAAUGAGGGCUGCCGUUUUAAUCAUUUUAGCAAUCGCCUUAACGGCACUAGUAGAAUCGUCUCCAGGUAUAGGAGACACGAGGCGACCCGCCCCUUAUGUCAAUCGUCUGCCACCACCAAAACCACGGUUUCGAAGAUCAGCCGAUCCGGAACCCCAAGGAUCCGUAAGUGCCACUUGGCAGAAGAAUCUCGAUGGUCCAGAACGUCGACCUUCUUACAACGUCGACUAUCAGCAGAAGCUCUUCGAGAACAAACAUGGUUCGAUAAGCGCAACAGGGGGAGCUCAGAAAUACCCAGGUCAAAGGUGGGAACCAACUGUCGGACUACAAGGAUCCUUCCGAUUCCGUAGAUCGCCGGAACCACAGCCGGAACCUCAAGGAUCUGUGAGCGUUACAGCGCAAAAGAAUCUCAGUGGUCCAGAACGCCGACCUUCUUACAACGUCGACUACCAGCACAAGCUUUUUGAGAAUAAGCAUGGUUCGAUCAGCGCCACAGCAGGAGCUCAGAAGAAUCCAGGACAGAGAGUGCAACCUACUGUUGGAGUGCAAGGGUCUUUCCGAUUCCGUAGAUCGCCGGAACCACAACCGGAACCUCAAGGAUCUGUGAGCGUUACAGCGCAAAAGAAUCUCAGUGGUCCAGAACGCCGACCUUCCUACAACGUCGAUUACCAGCACAAGCUUUUUGAGAAUAAGCAUGGUUCGAUCAGCGCCACAGCAGGAGCUCAGAAGAAUCCAGGACAGAGAGUGCAACCUACUGUUGGAGUACAAGGGUCCUUCCGAUUCCGUAGAUCGCCGGAACCACAGCCGGAACCCCAAGGAUCCGUACGUGCCACUUGGCAGAAGAAUCUCAGUGGUCCAGAACGCCGACCUUCUUACAACGUCGAUUACCAGCACAAGCUUUUUGAGAAUAAACAUGGUUCGAUCAGCGCGACAGGCGGAGCUCAGAAGUACCCGGGCCAAAGGUGGGAACCAACUGUUGGAGUACAAGGAUCUUUCCGAUUCCGUAGAUCGCCGGAACCACAGCCGGAACCCCAAGGAUCCGUACGUGCCACUUGGCAGAAGAAUCUCAGUGGUCCAGAACGCCGACCUUCUUACAACGUCGAUUACCAGCACAAGCUUUUUGAGAAUAAACAUGGUUCGAUCAGCGCGACAGGCGGAGCUCAGAAGUACCCGGGCCAAAGGUGGGAACCAACUGUUGGAGUACAAGGAUCUUUCCGAUUCCGUAGAUCGCCGGAACCACAGCCGGAACCCCAAGGAUCCGUACGUGCCACUUGGCAGAAGAAUCUCAGUGGUCCAGAACGCCGACCUUCUUACAACGUCGAUUACCAGCACAAGCUUUUUGAGAAUAAACAUGGUUCGAUCAGCGCGACAGGCGGAGCUCAGAAGUACCCGGGCCAAAGGUGGGAACCAACUGUUGGAGUACAAGGAUCAUUCCGGUUCCGGAGAGCAGCGGAGUCAGAAUCCGAAGAAAAGAUCGUUCAACAAGAUUAAAAUUGAGUCGUUGUUUAUGUCCAAUUGACUUAUACUUGUCUUAUAUAUAUUUGCCACUUUACCACCAAAUUUCAUUCAAAUUACCUAAUAUAUGUUUGAAUAAAUAAUACUUGAUUUCUUCUCUAUAAAAUAA